UCCGUCGCACAAUGAUGAUGUAACCGGCUUUGCUGGGAGUGAGUUGUGACGUGGCAGAAGGCGGAAGCGAUGUUGCGGCAGGACAGUAAUGAUGAGACGGAAGAUGUGUCACUUUUUGGUGGUGAGAAUGAAAUGUCCAGCAAGCCCAAGAAAUCAAAAAUAAAACAUCCUAUAGCUUCCUUUUUCCACUUGUUCUUCCGGGUCAGUGCAAUAAUUGUCUACUUACUUUGCGAAUUGUUAAGCAACAGCUAUAUUGCCUGUAUGGUGACGAUCAUCUUACUUCUAUCGUGUGACUUUUGGGCAGUGAAGAAUGUCACAGGGAGGUUGAUGGUUGGCCUCAGAUGGUGGAACCAGGUUGAUGAUGAUGGCAAAAGCCACUGGGUGUUUGAAGCCAGGAAGGCAUCUACUCAGGGGAGAAAAGCUAUAUCAGAAGCAGAGUCCAGAAUCUUCUGGUUAGGAUUAAUCACGUGUCCGUUGCUCUGGGUGAUUUUUGCCUUCAGUGCCCUAUUUUCCUUCAAAGUUAAAUGGCUGGCAGUGGUGAUUAUGGGUGUGGCAUUGCAAGGAGCCAAUCUUUAUGGUUAUAUUCGGUGCAAAGUGGGUAGCAGGAAGAACCUGACUAGUGCAGCAACUUUCUACUUGGGAAGGCAGUUCCUGCGGCAGACCACAUCCAAAGAGGACCAAGCAGUAUCUUGAAGUUCAUGAAGAAACACCAGCUGCCAUUUUCAUUCCUUCUGGAGAAUGAAAAAACUAUUUCUUGGCCUCUGUACAGUAAAUUUAUAAUCUGCGUAUUGAUUUUUGUAAUUAAACAUAUCUUAUAGAAGUGUUAAUUGUUAUCAUUUCUUACAACUUAUAUUUACAGAGCCCUUCUUGACCUAACUGGCUGCUGGACUCUUUAAUUAUAAUUCUCCACUUAGAAUUAAGUAAAAAAAUUGUGAUGGCAUACAGUGACUGUUCAUGACACUGCGUUAGGGAAAUAUCCAGAACUGUCCGCAGGAAUUUUGCAGUCACAUAUUGUAGUCUCAAAACCAGCUUGUUCAAGAAGUCUCAUGAUAAGGGCUUGAGCAAUCUGUCAUCAUGUGAGAACUGUGGAGUGUAACUUUUAAUACAAGACUUAAAGUAUCUACAUUAUUGCAAGAUCAUUUUUUUAAAGCAAGUGUUUUAGGUCUUAAUAUGGGAAACAGAAAACAACAGUUGGAUAAUUUCAGCUAGAGGUCAGGAAUUGAAAGGAGUUCCAGUUGAAAGUUGAAAGGAGUUCCAGGAAUUGAAAGGUUUCCAUUUCACAACCAGAAUAGAAAAACCCUGAUGCCAGUUUACUGGCAAAACUUAACUUUCCUGUUUUGUUUUGUUUUUGACCUGAGCUUUCUUGGUUAUUUAGAUUUCCUGAGAAGCAAGGGCAAGGUCCCUUUAGUUUACUUUCUGAGUAAGAGAGAAUUCUCACAUUGCAACUAUGGUAGCCUACAAGGAUGUAGAUUUCAGUUCAUAGCACCCUGUAGACAGAAGAAGGAUUUGAGCCUGCCUCAUUCUUCCUUUUGUGCCACUUACAAAGUGGAUUAUUGGUAUUAUAGAAGAACUGUUCUGAAGUUGCUAGUGCCAUGAACUCUUAAUAAACCCAAACAAGCAAUUUCAGAAUUAACUGGUGAAAUAAGAGAUAGGGCUAUUUUUAACUAGGGGCUCAUCUGAAUGAUAAAAUCAGUCCAAGUCACCCAUUGGAAUAAUCCAACCCAUUUGUAAACAGUUCUUUGCAAAUGUAAGCAAACCUUCAGUGAGUUCAGGCUCUACUAAGAAUGUAGAUUUCUGCAAAUUGUUACUUUACCAUUUUUCUUCUCCCUGUGCUGAUUUGUGAGUUUCAUGCACAGGGCCUAGCUUGUAAUACUGUACUAUAGGUAGCUGGGCUGCUUUUCAAAAUCAGAAUUAAAAUUUAUUCAGUUACUACUGA